AUUCCUUCACUGUCAGUGUGCAGAGACGGCUUCGGUAAAACCCCAAAUCCUGCUCCAGCUGUACAUUAUGGAAGAGAUUAAUAACGUUGAAGUCGUUCCGUGCACAGAGUCCGAAUACCUGAAGCCGUUCCGGGUGCUCUACAAUCAGAAUGGGACAAAGAAAUCCUGGGACUUUAUGCAGAGUCACGACAGUGUAUCUGUGCUGCUCUUCAACACCACCUCACACUGUUUUGUCCUUGUCAAGCAGUUCCGUCCAGCUGUUUACAUGUGUGAGUGGGAAAAGGCCAAGACGAAGACCUCUCAGGGCGCCGAAAAGACCGAAGAGGGCGAAGCCUCCGAAUCUCAAGAGGGCCAGUCGGCCUCGGCCGAGGAGAGCUCUCCCUCGUCCCAGUUGCCCCCGGCCUCGGCGGGGGUCACCUACGAGCUCUGCGCCGGCCUGGUGGACAAACCGGACCUGUCGCUGGAGGAGAUCGCCCGGCAGGAAGUGCUGGAGGAGUGUGGCUACGAUAUACCAGCCUCAAAGCUGAAGAGGAUUACUUCAUUCAGAUCAAACGUGGGUUUAAUAGGUUCGAAGCAGACCAUGUUUUACGCAGAAGUUUCCGACGACAACUGCGUGAGCGCCGGCGGAGGCGACGCGCGCGAGGGGGAACUCAUCGAGGUCGUCAAAGUCCCGCUGCACGAGGCCAUGACGUUUGCCUACGAUGAACGUAUACCCAAAUCCCUGGGGCUCAUUUUUAGUUUCAUCUGGUUCCAUAAUAACAUGUCUCCCAAGUACAAGAUAUCCACCAAUGUGUAACUACCGUUACUUAGCCACUAUUUCUAUUAUUUACCGCAUAGUAAAGUCGAACACACUGGCCAGGCACACCCUCUGCUCCCUCACAGCUCAUCAUCCUGUGUUGCCGUUUCUGCUUAUUGGUACACAAAGCAGGGUGGGCUCCUUGUUUUAUCCUCAUCACUUUUUUUUAUUUUUAUGUAUUUUAAUUCUAUGAAAAACCAGUUUGGUGCUGGUGAUCUUCUGAAAUCAAUUUUUUAAUAUGCUAAUUAUUUAUUUCUCAUGUGCCAUCUCUUGUUAAUGGCUUCAUAUCACUCCUGCACAAUUAAAGGAAGGCCUCUGCGCUCUUGGAUGUUUUCUAUUUUACGUCAUUGUCGCCUUUUUUUAGGUACUUUAAUUUAGGUACGAUAAUUCGCCCCAUAAGUUAUUGCGAUAAACGAUAAUAUCUUUUUUCGAGACCAUUUUCAAGUAAUAUAUCAUUAAACUUUAAUAUUUAAAGAACAUUUAACACUAGAAAUGGAAGAUAUUUUAAAUAUCCAAAAUAAAUAAACUGAAAUACUAAAUAAAAUUAAUUUUGAAGUCUCUGUAAAUAAAACUGUUCUUCAAUGAAGGGACUUGAGACUUUGGUCAUCCAAUUUUUGGUAGAAAGAUUAUUUAAAUGGAAAUUGAGCUCAUUUUAAUGGCUCAUAUGAUUAAUUGAUUUACUGCAACAGGCCUAAUUUAAACACCUUUGUAAGUUAGGCAUGGGCUGGUUUGUUCGGAGCCUUUCAGGGCAUGGGGAAGCUUUUUUUCUUUUGCGUUCCCUUGCAAUAAUACUGAUCAGUUCAUGUGGCACAAUCGAAUCCUGCAAGCCUUUCUUACAGCUGUAGCUUCUGCUUUAACUAAUGUAAAGUUUUUCCAUGAAUGUUAAUAUCUUUGUGAGAUAUCUGAAGUUUUAUAUCUUUUUAUUUAGUAUAGAAAUGCACCAUAAACAUGGUGCAUUUUUAUGGUACCUUACUACCUUAAAAUAUUAAGGUAGUUUUUAAAAAAGAAACAAAAAUAUAUCUAAACUAUUUGGACUGUUUCUGAGUUAUUAGUGCAGGGCAAUCAGUCACCUGACAGUUUUGAUUGUGUCUGUUGUGCUGGUACGCUGAAUGGUUUAAGGGCCGUUUUCAUGUGCAGUUCCAUCUCAACCUUAACAGACAGACAUAAAAAUGCAAAAUCGAGUUUCAAUCAGUUUUUGUUCACCAGAGCUUAUAAUAAUAAACACGUUUUCACUGAGCCUCUAUAAGAGCCACAUGAAUUAAAUAAGUAAUUAUUGAUAUGACAGAAGUGUGUGGCUUUGACACUUGGGUGGUUGGUGUGUCAAUGUUGCGUCACCAGUAUGAAUGGGAAGGUUACUGGUUUGUGUGUGAGGAAACAGGAGAAACUGGUGGUCAUAGUUUCUGUUGACCAUGUUGUAGUGCCGUUGAUCGUUGGCACGUGUGCAUUGUUUGGCCUGGUCCUUGUAAAGUUUGAAACAUGAUGAUCAAAAUGGGAUAAAUCGACAAGUGACAGAACAAAGAAUUGCCCUGGAGUUGAUUGAUUGCGACAGAUGAGAUUCCCCGAGUUAACCCAGAGCGGCCCUCUGCACAUUUAGACUCUUUAAAGAUGUACGUAUUUGAAAUAUUCAUCGACAUUCGUGACUGUAUACAAAAUAGACCAGCAAAUAUUGCAGUAAGCAUAUUGCAAGGGAACGCAAAAGAAAAAAAUGUCCCCUGGAGAGCUCCAUAGGUUUGACAUCCCCACCAGUUUUAUGGUAUUUUCUCCAAAACUGAGAGCAAAAAUGUAUAAAAUAAUCUUACAGCUUUAAUAUUAGAGUGAUUAUGUUGAUUUUGAUUCAUAAAACAAACACACACAACAUAACUGCCCUUCUUUUUUAUGACUGGAAAUAUUUCCAAAUUUAUCUUUGUUGCAUGUGAAGGUAAAUCAAGCUAACUGUCUGUGUUUCAACAACAUGUAGGGGAGGGGAAGUGUUGCAUUAGCUUAAUGUCUGCUGAAUAAAUGGUGCGGCCUGGAUAUACAGUAACAAUAACCGGCCCAUGCCUACAGUAGAAGGUAGUUAAACGUCAUAAACAUCUCAAUAAUGCAGAGACUCAUCAUUUAGAAACGCGUUCCACUUUAUAAGUACCUAAAAAGCAACAUUUUAACAAUGUAUUUAACCCACAUUUACCCUGAAUCUGAACCGGACAGCAGAUAAUCACCCAGUUAUGCAAAAACAUUGAGGUGAUCAGGCAAGCCAUAUGUAAUUCCUUCGAUCCCCAUCCUUUGAGCAAUAGCUGUUCUUCUACCCAAUGCUGAAAAAUCAUUUAUUAGCCUUGAAAUUAGUGCCAGUCGAGAUAUAAUCAACCCUCGAUCACACAGGGAUAUCACACCCAAUUUUACUCUGAGGGAACUGAAGCACAAUCAUGCUAGAAAAUUAUGUACAGCAGAACUUUCUGAAUAAAAUAAAAAAUAUAUAUGUAAUGUAUUUUUUUUUCAUUCUUUGCUGAUGACACAGUUUAAGCUCUAAUAAAAUUAGGCUCAUUAACACUCAAAUCCACUCUCGGCAUCUUUGUUUUAAAAGUUACCUACCCUUGCAGAUAAUUGGUAAGAAAGGAUCGUUUUUCUUUUCCAUAGGAACUUUAGGAAGACAUUAAUUAGCAUUUCCAAAAAUAACAUUCUUUCUACACAUGUUACAAGAAAAACCUCAAACUCUCAUGAAUACACAGCUAAUCUCUGAACAUCAGCAAAUUGCCAAAUCUCAGGUCCAACUAUUUCAACCUUAUACUUUUAACAAAUCUUUGAAUGUGACAAUGAUCAGCAUGUCAUUAUUUAUAACAUCCCAUUUCAGAAUCACUUCCAGCUUGUGUAUCCGAAGACAUCCGAGUGUCCUGUAUUUUCAUUAAAGAAGGGCUGGUACUUCAUUAAUUAUUUCAUGUGUAAAAACAAAAUAAUUCCCACACAGAAGUGUUAAAAUAAUAUGCAAGAUCUGAAACAACGGCCAUAGUGAUUGUGCAACACAGUGAUGUUCAUGUAGAGCAGAUAAAACGUCUCAAAACGAGGACAAAAGCAAAAUCAAGAAACUGAUAUGUUUUUAAAUGCAGUGCCACAAGAAUGCCUUGGGAGAUAUAAGGCUGUUUGAAGUGCAAUGUUAAAAAUACUUAUUAGAAAUCAUUUAUUUGGUGAUUGUGUUUCUAGGAAGUUGUACACCAAAACAAGAUAUAACAACAUUAGCUUAAGCCUAAUGUUGAUUUUAAUUCAACAAUAGUAAGGUAGUAUUUAAAAAUAUUUCUCUGGUUCAUUGAGUUUCCAGUUUUUCAGUAACAGCUGAUGCAGCACAAAUUUCUCUUUAUUUAUAUGAAACGAUUACUGACUCCAAACUUAAUUAGAAAAGUAGACCACUAAACCCUACUUAAGAAUAAAGUUUAGGCCCCAUUUACACUGGAUUAAGACCAAUUUUGUCUUUUUACUGCUGCUUUCCUGCUCAUUUUAUCACUUUGCUAACAGCAUUCAGAUCAUAUCUGUGUAAUUUUACAGUGUGCAUAACUUCCUACUGCACUGGUAUUGUUUACAUCUGGAAAUUUGGAGCAUGUGCACAACGCUGAACAGCAAAAAAUUUAUUAUUUUACAUGCCACUCUUGGUGCAUGUGAACAAAAUAAAACCUGGCGAUGUAGAUAUUAAUUUGGUGCAGUGCACCACAGCAAAGGGGGGGAAAUAAUGUAGAUAAACCAUCGAACAUCUCAAAACCACUUUUUUUUUUUCUUGCCGUAGCAACCGACAACGGCGCCACCUUAUGUUUCAGAAUUGAACACCAAAAACCACUGAAACAUUUCCCACAGAAAGAGCACAACGUUCAGUCUGUUAUGUUUUUAUUGUGACCUGUCAGUUGGUGUUUAGGUCAUCUUUUUUAUUUUGUAACUGAGCCAAAACAUGGAUAUCCUACGUCACAUCUACAUGUUAAGAUUGUUAAAGUCAAAAUAGUAUAACUGAACUACUUCCCUCUCCUUUGCUGAUUUUAUCGGGAUUAAAACUUUUUCCUAACAUUAUCCAGUGGUAGUGUUGAUAAAUGGUAACAAAGCACUGUGUCCCUUUUUCUUUUCUAUUUCAGGAGUACAAUUAAGAUUUAGCGCGUUAUAUUGACAACGUAAGCUAAAACCAAUGGUAGUCAUCGUAAUGUCUGACGUUUUGUGCCAUUUUCUCGCCAUUUAUUGGCUCAGCUGCAUUUAAUGCUUAUGGCUCCUUAAGACGCAUCUUAUUUAAUAAUGUCAAUUUGGUAGCAAAACUUAUUUUAUCACGCUGUAAUAAACAGUUGUAAAACGCUGACUACAUGGUAGCUAAUGUUAAAACGGCAAAAUAAAUGCGGGUAACCAGUGAUUUUAAAGGCUGUCCGGCUCUUGCUGCAGUCAAGUUGUAUGUGCGUCUGCUGUGUUUACAAAUAACUCCCGUAUAAGUGGGAAGUUUCUGCACCUCCACCAUCAGUUUCAGGUCCAAAGAGGAGGAGCAAACACCGUCAGGCUCAUUAGCUUAUCAGCAUUGAUGUAGGUAGAUUGAUAUUCUGGACAGGGCAAAAGCGACACUGCCAAUCAGGAUUUUGUGCAAUAACCUUAAUUGUAAGCACACAUCUGAGAGAGUGCAAUUAUUCAUCCAAAAUCUAUUUUCUUCCCAAUCAUUCUGAGCGGCUCACACAAUAACUCUGAAUGCUGACUGUUGUUUAGGAGCUGCGAUCCGGUUAUCGUACAAUUGUGUUUAUCAACCUCAGCUGCUUGCACUUUUUCUCAUCCUCUUCAUAUUAAUGAAUACAACUAAUAGGUUUUACAUUUGAACUGCAAGCAAACAACUCCUCUUCUCGUCUCCCAGCAACCUACAUGCGUAAUUUGGAGGUGUGUGUUCUUCACCCCAGAUAAUGCCUUGUACACACGUAACAGUCUUCGUAAAAACAAAUAUCUCUGCCACGUACAAACAGGAUCAGUCUCAGAAAGGGUUUUUAUACACAUGAACCCACACAAAUAUGUGACUCAGUGUUACUUUAAAUAUGCCAAACCUAUAGGGGGCAGUGUAGGGCAAAGCUAAAACCUACGUCAGCUGAUCAGAUUGCUUCAAAACAAUUUCCUAUUAGGAAUUAAACAUGGCGCCAGGUGGUUUGUGUGGACAGAAAGAUACUUUUAACUAGCUUAUUAGAAUAUAAAGUUAUAAUAAAACACAACACGAUGUUGUUUGGGAGUCAUGUCAAAGCAAGUAUGUACAUGUAUUGGCACAUUAUUUGGUGCAGACUGUAAUGGCUAUGACCCUAAAUCUCAUGCAAACACAAAAACUCAGACCACCUUGGCAUACAUUUUAUAAACUGUUUUUAGUGAUAUUAACCUGAGUUUUGUUUGGAUGAAAGUCCAAAACAAACAAAAAUGUAUUUGUUUUUCCAGAUAUCUGGUUACUUGCGGACAAGGCUUUCGAUGUGAAUGGAGCCUAAGUGGUUUUAGUUUUAGUUGGUCCGCUCUCAAGUUGUAAGUCCACAGACACAAAUUUCUCAUUUGUAGGACCAGUGGACUACCAACUCAUUGCAUAUUUAUUUAUCUUUUUCGGAUUCUAGUCAGUUAUUAAGAGAAAUUGCAGUGCUUCUCUGCCCUUAAGUCUUACUUCUUUCACAAUAACGAUUAUACGUUUGAUUAGAUUCUAACACCAUUUAAUGAUUUAUUUUCUUCCCAAACUGUGCAAAUACGUGGAUUGUAAAGCUGUGCAUUGAGUCACUGAGCUUCCAUCAGGAUACUACUUUCUUAAUUGAUCACUUGUUUGUUUAUUUUCUCUAAAAAGGAAUUUUAAAAACAACUUUAAAAUUAAAACUCUUAAGCCAGGUCACUUAAUAAGUCAAACUUUGAUACAUAUUGUAGAAACUUCACAAUCAGAAACAACAUGACCUGUUCAAAGAUGUCACAAUCGUGAGGCAGCUGUGAAUUUUACUUCACUUUAUAUUAUAACCAGCAACAAUUUUUAAAUCACCUACAAUGUACUUGUUUUAAAAAUUAUGCAGCGUAUUAAAAUAAAUAAAGCCAUAAACCAUUAGAAGAAAAAUAUUUUAAUAGUGUUCACCUCAAAGUUCAUUUACUUCUGGUUUAACGUUGAGAAACUAAUAAUAUAAAAGCCAUUUAAACUUGAAGGCCAGCAGAAACUAAACGUGCCUAUCAAAUAUGGACCAAGUUUUUUGUUUUUUAUGAAUGUGUUUUUAAUGCUGAGAGGGCUAAACACCAGAUAAAGUCAGUAGAGAAAGAUAGUUCAAAAUAACUUUCAAACGUUGAUAGAAAAUCUUAUAAGCACAAUUCAAAGAAAUGUGGAUUUGCUGGCAUUUUCUGGACUUUCUUUUCUGAAUAAAACAGCCAAAAGACGAGUUUGUGCUUCUUUAUAAAUGGAUAUACAGAAAAUAAUGAGCAGAACUCAAGUUGAUUUAAAGCUGCAUUUGGGCUUAAAAAAUAAUCCAAUCAUCAUCAAGGGACAAAAUAUCUGCAAAGUGUGAAGGUUAUGUAACUAAGAGUCAAGAAUGAGAUUACAAAAAAGGCGUUUGAGCAACAUGGUGGCACUUCAGGUUCGCCUGGUUGAGCCUGAUUCACGAAGAAAGCAGUUAUGCAUCAGAGCGAAAAGUUUGGCUAUAUUUCAGGAUUAGAGUUUUGCAGAACCAGUGGAAACAAAAGCUAUUUUUAAAAAAUGUCGAGUUGUAAAAAUUAUAAAUGCAAAGAAAGUGUAAAGGAUAUUUUUCCUUUUUAAUUUAAUGCAAACCAAUGCAUCGUCAGUUUGUGAAAUAUUCACAAAACUGGUCUAAGUGAAAACUUUCCUGGGUUUUUUGCAGUUCCGUCUUUGCUGGAGCAGUUUAUCAGAUGUAAAUUAAUUAAAAUUAACGAGUGUUUGGACAUUUUCACUUUUUUGUGCAGCAUAAUGGAUUUGAGCAGCAGUCUGGUGAAAAUUAGCCCGUUGUUCUACGCUGUGCUUCGCUUGGAAUCGAGCGUAACGGUGUAGAAAAGCAAUGUCAAAGGCUGGGACUGAGAUUGUUUUCAACAAAACAAACUUACACGAAAAUGUCUGAAUUUGCAGAGAAAUGUAACAAUAAAACACUAUAUAAUCUAUUUAGGGAAUUCAUCAAUAAAAUAGGUGAUUUGGGGGUUAAAAGCGUAGAACAAAAUUCCAGGUUUUGUCAAAAAUUCACAAUCAGUCCAACUGACAACUUUUGGAGGGUAUUUAUAUAUUGACUAUUUUCCCUGCUGGUACUUUUCAAUGGAUGUAAACUAAACAUGUAGAAUUUGGAAAUGGUUGUAAAUGUUCACCGUUUUUAGUGCAGCAUAAAUUCAGUCUGGUUAAAAAUAGAUAAAUUACGUUUUGGUUCGUGAAGAAAGACUGGAAGAGCAAAGGAAAGCAAUGGCCAGAUUACAUCUGGUAAUAGGCAAAGUAACACAAAACUUAAUUUACACAAACAUUUUAAAAUCUGCAAUGAAAUGUAAAGGUACAUCUUUAAAUAACCAAUGUAGGAAGCUAAUCAAUAUUAAAAAAACAGUUGAUUUGGGGGUUAGACUUUUAAGUAAAUCUUAAAACAUAAUGAAUAUUAAAAAAUUUAAACCAUUUGCUGAUUUUCAAAGAAACUUUUGUCAGCUGUCAAAAUCACAAAAUUGGUCUAAAAUAGGCAACUUUUGAGGGGUAAUUUUUAUUUACUUUUUUCUUUGUUGGUUCGCUUUACCAAAUGGAAACUAAUCACAUAAAUUUGGGAAUGCUUGUAAAUCUGCCCAGUUUUUUGUGCAGUAUAAGGAACAUAGUUGACUCAUUUGGCAAGAAAACAAAUCUACUUCCUAAGACAUCGAUCACCGUUAGACACCCAAGUUUCCUACUCAAUGAUGGCAUUAAAUGCACUUUGGACAGCUUAGAGUGAGGCAAGCCAUAUUUACGCUACUGAAAUAAACAGUAUUUAGUACUAAAUCAAUCAUGUAUGAGCUGGAUUUUAGCCACUUUCCCUGCGUUUCUACCUCCAUCUCUCAGGCCCACAACAAAAGUUUUUCUUUUUUGGUUCUUAAGGCAUUCUUUUGCAUCUUAAUGCUCCACCACACGUAUAACAAGUCGACACUCAAUGGUUCUCAGUGGUCACAAAAUAAAAUCAAUAAAAGAAUUUUACAAAUGUACAUGCUAUCUGUCAUGCGUUUUAUUUUCCUUUUGUUAAGGAUUUGUGGAUUUUCUUCACAACUUCUUACUGUGUUUCUGAUAUUUUGAGGUGGGAAAAUGUUAAAGGUGCUAUGUGUAGUAUCCUCUAAGAGAAUAUGUGUUGGUCUUAAAUAAAAUCACUGUUCAGGCCUGAGCAGCGAUUAAUUACCUCUGGUCAUUAGACAAAACAAUGGUUCUGGCUUUGCUGAGAAAUCCUGAAAAAUGCACUUUGAUUGUUGGACAAAGUGUGCAAAGUUGGUCACGUUUGCCUCUUUUCUUGCUGUCUGGAAGCCAAAUUUCCAGAAAACGACUCUAAAGUGGCUCAUUGUGACUUUAUGUUGUAGCUCUUGUUAAUCUGUUUGGUAAAAUAAUGUCCAGCGACGAAACCUACACACAAUACCUUUAAGUGAAAGACCUGUUAGGAUUUUGUUUUUCUUAUUGUAAACAUGAGUCAAAUGUAUUUUUUUCUUCUCAUUUUUCUGGUGUCUCACUGAAUUUGUGUUUUUAAAAAAAACAUUUUCAUAAAAAAAAGCUAUAAAUACAAAACAUUGCUGAUGUAUUAAUUUCUGUAAUUUUAUGCUUUGUUGAAAGUGUAUACACAUUGUGGGCGGUGUUUCUGGUAAUGCUUAUGUUUUGUUAAUUUAUUACCUAAAUGUUUAAAUAUUUACAUUUCAAAUAAAAAAACAGAAUAAAAUAAAAUAAAAAAACUUGGUACAAACAUACAGUGAUAAUUUAAACAUUGCAUGUGCACUAACUGUGUUGAAAUAAACUGCAUAGGUUCAAAUAAAAUGUGUUUGAUGCCCAAAA